CUUCAACUAUACUUAAAUUUCUAUUUUAGUUUUUUACACGUAAAAGGAGACAUAGCCUCCGUCGUCGAGUCCAAGGUCCGAGCGCCCGACGACGAUUGAAGCAGCAAGACGACCAGGCCCUCCUCUUCCGCAAACUUUCUGACCGCGUGGCCUCCUCAGAUCCAUUCUUCUUCAUGUUCGUCUUUCUUCCACCCGCAUCCUUCCGCUGCCUUUGUUUUUUCCUCCCACAGUUAAUUAAACGGUCCAAGAAUCAAAAUACAAUAAUCAUUUUAUACUAGCGUUUCCCAGGAAGUCAAAUCACACGCUCAUAGCUCAAUUCUUAUUAAGGGAAAGAGAAGAAAAGUAAACCAGAAAACAGAAAUCAAGAGCCAAAAAUGGGACUCUUCACCUACACCAUAGCCGGCGGCGGUUUCAUCUUGAUCGGUGCUUGGGAAUUGUUCUUGUCUUCCUCUGAAUGUAUCCGAAAUACGCCACCAUCUCCGCCCCUUGCCAGCCCUCGCUCCAUUUCAGCUAUUAACAACAGCAGCACUCAAACGAAAAAGGCCCCUCCUUCUUCGUCAUCGGUAACAUGCUUAUCAAUCUCCGUUCUUUCUUUCCUCUUCAUUCUAAACUCUCUCAUCUCCAUCUCCGACGCCCUCAACUCCAAAGACCACGUCGGUUUCGCCUUCCAGUUAGAGGUAAUCGCAAUCGCUCUCCUUUUUUUCCUCUAUUCAACUUUGGGUCUCUUCACGCUUGUCAAGAUUUCGUUUCAAUUUCCUUCAGCGAUCCUCAACAUGCUGCUUCUUUUCGCUUUCGGCGAAGAAUUUUUGUUCUUUUACGUUAGAAGAAAGGACCCCAGUGGGGUAGAAAACCGAUACUACGAUCUCUUCCUCGUGCCAAUAGGCAUUUGUCUGUUUUGUACUAUUCUAGAACUGAAAAGUCCCAAAUCGAAUUAUGCAAGAUUGGGACGCGGGGUUGGACUGGUUUUACAGGGUAUGUGGAUAGUCCAGAUGGGUUUCUCAUUUUUCUCCGAUUUGAUGAUGGUACACGGAUGCUCUUUGCACGGGAAGAGUAGAGGUAACUAUACGAUUAAGUGUAAAGGGCACCCUGAGUAUCACCGUGGUCGAGCGAUCGCUACGCUUCAGUUUAAUUGCCAUCUUGCACUUCUAGUGACUUUGAGUGUUGUGGUGUAUGGAAUUGUCUGCAAGAAGCAUGGGAUUAGGCGUGAUUUGGUGCUGUAUAGGCCGCUUGGAGCUGAGAUUCAGCCUCAGUUUACUUUGGAUUCUGAUGAGGAUCUUGAUGAUGCUGAUCAGAAUGGGAUUAAAGAGGUGAGGAGUGUGGAAAUGCAGAAGGCUAUUGUAGCAGUGCCUGCAUCAGAAGUCAAUGGUUAUGGUACUCAUUGACGAGCUCAAAGAAUGAAGAGCAAAAGAGUGCAAAAUCAUUAUCAUUGAGUUUCUCAAGCAUUCGCAAGGGUGGCAAAGGGGCGAUGGAAGGUUCUAAAGGUGCUCAAAACAAGAAGUAGCUUAGAAUCUGGUCAUCACUUUGGCUGUAGAGACUAGAGAGAUAGACACAUCAAUUAUCAGCAUUAGGAAGACCUGCUGGAAUCUGCUGUUAGGUGAUAUCAAAGUUGCUAAACCCUUGAUAUGAUGAACCAGGUUUAUUUGGGAUGGUAGCAUUAGUUGGACGCCAAGCGCAUCCUUGACUAGUCUGUGCUGUGUUUCAUUUUGCUCUCUUUGAUGGUACACUGUUCAUCUCUGCCUCACUUGGUAGACAAGAGUAGAUCAGGAUACAUAUUUCUAAACUUGUGCCCUCUUGCAUAUAGCAUUGUGGGUUGCACAGCUGGACUUAUUGGCUAGAUAACGAACAAAAUGUCUUUAUGUUUCAUGUUUAUAAGGAUUCACGAUGUGCAUAUUUAGACAUCAGUAUUGGAUUUUUUUUUUUUUUGGGGUGAUCAGAAAACUGAAUCUCAUCUCAUUAUUCGUGUGAGAAUAGUAGCUCAUGUUUUGCUAA